CUCAGCCCAGCCCAGACCAAUGAUCAUUCUGAUUUCUGAACGCCGUCGUCCCAAUGCUCCUUACUGGGAUUUCUAAAACCCUUGUAGGAGAGGGAAGAGGUAUACCAGUAGCGUAGCCAGUGACAUAAACCCCUGAAAUCUGCUCUGUCUCAUUUCCGAGUUCGCAAUAUCUUCUUAUCCAUGGCGUCGGUCGCCUUCAGAAAUCAUGGCUCGAAGCGCAUCCUCUCUCUGUCUCCCCAAGUCUACUCCUGCUGCCGGGGAUCGGUUUCCGCUCAGCUAUCACUCUCCGAAUCCGUAUCUCACAAUGAGUAUCCAUCAUUUUCCAAUCCAUGGUGGAGAUCUAUGGCCACUUUCACUCGAACAAAACCUCAUGUUAAUGUGGGAACAAUCGGACAUGUUGAUCAUGGAAAAACUACUCUGACAGCUGCAAUCACAAAGGUUCUAGCAGACGAAGGAAAGGCUAAAGCUGUCGCAUUUGAUGAAAUUGAUAAAGCUCCUGAAGAGAAGAAAAGAGGAAUUACAAUUGCAACGGCACAUGUGGAAUAUGAGACUGUUAAAAGGCACUAUGCUCAUGUAGAUUGUCCUGGGCAUGCUGACUAUGUUAAGAACAUGAUUACUGGAGCAGCACAAAUGGAUGGAGGUAUUCUUGUAGUAUCAGCGCCUGAUGGACCUAUGCCACAAACAAAGGAGCAUAUUUUGCUUGCACGCCAGGUUGGCGUUCCAUCACUUGUGUGUUUUUUGAAUAAAGUUGAUGCUGUUGAUGAUGAAGAACUACUUGAACUUGUGGAAAUGGAACUUCGUGAGUUGCUUAGUUUCUACAAGUUUCCAGGGGACGAAAUUCCUAUUAUUAGAGGAUCUGCUUUGUCAGCUUUGCAAGGUACAAAUGAAGAGAUAGGGAAGAAGGCUAUUUUAAAGUUAAUGGAUGCAGUAGAUGAAUAUAUUCCUGAUCCUGUUCGUCAGCUUGAUAAGCCAUUCCUCAUGCCAGUUGAAGACGUUUUCUCUAUUCAGGGACGUGGAACUGUGGCUACCGGCCGUAUUGAACAAGGAAUUAUUAAAGUUGGAGAAGAUGUGGAGAUCUUGGGGCUGAUGCAGGGGAAUAUGAAAAGUACAGUUACAGGAGUCGAGAUGUUCAAAAAGAUCUUGGAUAAUGGACAGGCUGGUGACAAUGUUGGUCUUCUAUUGCGUGGUUUGAAACGCGAUGAUAUCCAACGUGGAAUGGUGAUUGCGAAGCCUGGAACAAUAAAAACGUAUAAGAAGUUUGAGGCAGAGAUAUAUGUAUUGACAAAGGAUGAAGGUGGCCGCCACACUGCAUUUUUUUCAAACUAUAGGCCCCAAUUCUACCUGAGGACUGCUGACGUCACGGGUAAGGUGGAGUUGCCACCAGAUGUCAAGAUGGUCAUGCCUGGUGAUAACGUGACUGCCACAUUUGAGUUGAUCUCUCCUGUUCCAUUGGAUAAAGGACAACGAUUCGCCUUGAGGGAAGGUGGUAGGACUGUCGGUGCCGGGGUUGUUUCGAAAGUAAUAAGCUAAGAAAUAUUUGGGAUCCUCAAUGCUUUUAUUUGUCCAGAGAGGGUGGUGGAGCUAAGAAAUAUUUGGAGCACACAUUGGAAACUUGUGUUGGUUUAUUUUGUACUCUCCUCGGGCUAGUUAUUGGUAACGUGUAAGGCAAAUCCUCAUGAUGUCAAAUUCAAGCUACUGAAAAGGAUUUUUAGCAUUUUAUUAUAGGUCUGAAGUAGCAAUUGCUCAAAAAAUUGCUAUGUUUCAUCAGUGAAUAAGUAGAUCUUUGUUUUCUUUUGAUUUUGUUUUUUACUUUUGUUGCUUUUGUCUUUGAUCUUCCUUUUCUCCUUAAGAUAUGUUACACUUGGUACCAAAUUACGUGCGUAUUUUUUUCGAAGAGGAUGUUAGUAGUGUUAUUGCUUUAUUCCACAUAACGUUUGAGAAAUUGAGAGGGAUUUUUACAUAAUUUACAUUGUCUUUUUGUUA